AUGUCUAGCAAGGAAAAAGGAAAGUUUGAAGAAAUGGCUAAAGGAGACAAAGCUCGUUAUGACAGGGAGAUGAAAAACUAUGUUCCUCCCAAAGGCGAGAAGAAGGGAAAGAAAAAGGACCCCAAUGCUCCUAAAAGACCACCAUCUGCAUUCUUCCUUUUCUGUUCUGAACACCGUCCAAAAAUAAAAAAUGAUCAUCCUGGCUUGUCUAUUGGAGAUACAGCAAAGAAAUUAGGAGAAAUGUGGUCUGAACAGUCAGCCAAAGACAAACAGCCAUAUGAACAGAAGGCUGCGAAACUAAAGGAGAAAUAUGAGAAGGAUAUUGCAGCAUAUCGUGCCAAGAGCAAGAGUGACGCAGGAAAAAAGGGCCCAGGUAGGCCUGCAGGAUCUAAGAAGAAAGCAGAACCAGAAGAGGAGGAGGAGGAGGAGGAGGAAGAUGAUGAAGAGGAGGAGGAAGAUGAGGAUGAGGAAUAAAUGAAUGUCCUGCUGUAAAGAUUUAUGCUCAAAAUCCAAUAUUUUGCUAAGAAUGUGAACUCAAGUGCAGCUCAUUGUUAGCUUCAGUAUAAAAAUCUGUACAGAAUUGUGUAUAGGUAAUGUGGUUCUUUGUAGGGAGACCUCUAUUUUUAACGUAAGUAGUAGCCGAGGGCUGCUACAGUUCGGUUUAAAAAAAAAAAAGAAGAAAAAGUUGUGGAAUGUUUCUGCAUAUUUAAUGGUUUUGUUGAAAUUCAGUGACUGAUAGCCAGGUGUUUCUUUAUAGCUAAGUAAAACAAAGGAGGUAGCUUAAUAGCUGAUCUUAUAUUUUGUAGUAUAUUGCAUUGUAUUACUUUUUUAACAAUUUUGUAAUAAAAUGUUGUACAUGA